GUGUGUGCAGAGUGGUCGCUCUUCUCCGUAGAGGAUCUUUGUUUCCACUUCCGCCGGCUGUACAUCCACUUCCGUUUUUACCUCAGUAGCAUGGCAGGCAGCGCGUGGAGGUCAAUGCUGUCCCAGGUGGUGGGGGCGGUGAAGAGACCCGCUCUGUCUUCAGUGUCCUUUUCCAGAGGGAUGCAGACGGUCACACUCAUCCCUGGAGAUGGUAUCGGACCAGAGAUCUCCACCGCCGUCAUGAAAAUCUUUGAGGCUGCAAAGGCUCCAAUCAGAUGGGAGGAGCGUAACGUCACAGCCAUAAAAGGACCUGGUGGCAAAUGGAUGAUUCCACCUGACGCUAAAGAGUCCAUGGACAGGAGCAAAAUCGGACUCAAAGGGCCCCUGAAGACCCCCAUCGCUGCAGGCCACCCCUCCAUGAACUUGCUGCUGAGGAAGACCUUCGACCUGUACGCCAACGUCAGACCCUGCAUCUCCAUCGAGGGCUACAAGACCCCCUACACCGACGUCAAUUUGGUGACCAUCCGCGAGAACACGGAGGGCGAGUACAGUGGCAUCGAACAUGUGAUUGUCGAUGGUGUCGUUCAGAGCAUCAAACUGAUCACAGAGGAGGCCAGCAGACGCAUCGCAGAGUACGCCUUCGAAUACGCCAGAAACAACCAAAGAAACAGUGUGACCGCCGUACACAAAGCAAAUAUCAUGCGAAUGUCCGAUGGUCUGUUUCUGAGAAAGUGUCGUGAGGUCGCUGAGAACUAUAAAGACAUCAAGUUCACAGAGAUGUACCUGGACACUGUCUGCCUCAAUAUGGUGCAGGAUCCAACCCAGUUUGAUGUCCUUGUCAUGCCCAACCUGUAUGGAGACAUUCUCAGUGAUCUGUGUGCUGGUCUGAUCGGAGGACUGGGCGUCACACCCAGUGGGAACAUCGGCGCCAACGGCGUCGCCAUUUUCGAAUCGGUUCACGGCACCGCCCCUGACAUCGCCGGUCUGGACAUGGCGAACCCCACUGCCCUCCUGCUGAGCGCCGUCAUGAUGCUGCGUCACAUGGGCCUGCAUGACCACGCCCACAAGAUCCAGAUGGCCUGUUUCGACACCAUCAGAGACAAGAAGGUGCUGACGAAAGAUCUGGGCGGAAACUCCAAGUGUUCAGAGUUCACAGCGGAGAUCUGCCGUCGUGUUCAGGACCUGGAAUGAAAUCGCCAUCAGUAGCAGAGUCACUGUGACCCCUGACCUCUGACCCCUGACAUCUAACCUCUAUACUGCUGCCUCUGUCCACCGCUGCCAUCGCCAUCACAGCUUUGUACCUCCCACCAGCAUAUCUACAUAUAUAUAUUUUUUGUCCUCUGUAACACGUAUUCUAGGAUGUCAAAGGGAAAGGGGGCGGGGCUUCUGCGGUGGCUUCCUGUUUAGUUUGAGUUGUUUGUUGAGUGCAGCUUCGGACAAUGAUGAAACAUUCACAGAAACAUGCGCACAAUUUUUCCAUCACAUGACCAAGUUGGAAAGGAAUCAUUUCAAAGAGUUUCUUACCAAAAGUAUCUUAAAUAUUUGUCUAUCAUCACUCCGCUUGUGUUGUCAGAACAGUUUGGAUAUUUGCUAUUUUUUCAACGGUGGACUCAUGUUUUACCGCUUUAAAUGUCCUCUUUAUUUAUUGUUUCUACUUCCUGUUACUGUCUUAUGCUGCUCUCUUCAGUUUGAAAGACCCAGAUUUAAAAGUAUGACUGAAAAUAUAUAAAGGAAGUCAGAGC